GAAAACGAAGAGUCGUACAGCAAGUGCUAUGAGCAAGUGUUAGCCACGCUGUGUUGGUCUGACUUCUAGGUUGAUAACAUUUCAUUUUUAUUUGUUUUAUUUAUUUUAUUUUAUUGACAAUGACAACCAAACGUAAUCCGCUGGCAGGAAAUACUGUGCGAGACGAAACCACUCAAAAGGAGGAACUGAGCAAACAGAUCAGGGAACAGAAGAUUUUGGUUGAUGAGCUGUCCAAUCUGAAGAAAAACAGGAGGGUCUACCUCCAGCAGCCCAAUAGCAACAUUUUCUUCCUGGCUGACAGAGGACAGAAGCUGAGCACAUCUAAAAAGGACCUGGACAACCUAAAGAAACAGUACCAAGACAUGUAAAACAAAACGAAGCAAAAUGUGUGGAAUUUGUUGUGUGGUGAGCCUGUCCCCUCAGUCUUCUGUGUUAUCGGGCCGAGUGCAGAAAAACCUAACCAACCGG